AUGGUUCUGCAAGUCCCUCUGUUCAAGCUCCAGUGCGGGGUGAACUCGUAUGAAUGGGGCAAGAAGGGUGAGGAAUCAGCAGCUGCGCGCUUUGCUGCCACGACGCCAGCUGAGGGCUUCAGCAUCGAGUCGGAGAAGCCAUACGCAGAGCUCUGGAUGGGCACCCACCCCUCCAACCCUUCCAAAGACGUUCAGUCCGGCCGAACCCUCCUCGAACUUGUUCAGGACAACCAACAACUCCUAUCUCCUCCGGUGGCCUCCAAAUACGGCUCCAAGCUUCCAUUCCUCUUCAAGGUUCUCUCCAUCAACAAGGCCCUCUCCAUCCAGGCCCACCCCAACAAGAAGCUCGCCGAGCAGCUCCACGCCCGCGACCCCAAGAACUACCCCGAUGACAACCACAAGCCCGAGAUGGCCAUUGCCAUUACCCCUUUCGAGGGCCUUUGCGGCUUCCGCCCACUCGCCGAAAUCUCCCACUUUCUGACCACCGUCCCGCCCCUGAAGAGCCUGGUCGUUGAUGACAAGGCUGACGAGUUCAUCAGCACGAUCAAGGGAGAGGAGGAGAGCGAAGACCCCGAGACCAAGGACCGAAACAAGAAGACGCUCCAGCACGCGUUCGCUUCUCUGCUUUCCGCCACGCCGGAAGAGAUUGAGAAGCAGACGGAGAAGCUCGUCGCCCUCGCCAAAUCAGAAGGCAGCAACUUCGCCAGUGGUGGCAUCAGCACAACCGACGGCGAAACCCUCUCGGAGCUCAUCAUCCGUCUCCACAGCUCCUUUGGCGCAGACAUUGGCCUGUUCGUCAUGUUCUUCCUCAACUUCGUCAAGAUGGAGCCCGGCGAGGCCAUGUUUCUCCGCGCCGAUGACAUCCAUGCUUACCUUUCGGGUGACAUCAUCGAGUGCAUGGCCGCCUCGGACAAUGUCGUCCGCGCCGGCUUUACACCCAAGUUCAAGGAUGUGCCUACCCUCGUUGACAUGCUCACCUAUAACUAUGCCCCUAUUGAUGAGCAGAAGAUGUCUCCCUCCGAGUACCCCUACGCUACCCUCAACCGCGCCGCCUACAGCUCUGGUUCUGCCGUCAUCCUAUAUGACCCACCCAUCGAGGAGUUCAGCGUCGUCCGGUCGCUACUGAAUGGACACGGCUCCAAGGCCACUUUCGAACCGCUCGAGGGCCCCAGCAUCAUCAUCUGCACCUCAGGCAAGGGAACCAUAGCGGUUGGUCCGACGGUGCAAAAGAUCAGCGAGGGGAACGUCUUCUUCGUCGGUUCCACGGCCGAGUUAGUGCUGCAGUCCGAGGGCGAUGAGGAUGACGAGUUUGUCACGUUCAGGGCGUUUUGCGAGGUCGACGAAAAGGCGGAGGGGAAGUUGUAA